CCAUGAGCUUGUGAUCUGAUCAGAACAUCUUUCAUAGUUUUUGAAUGUGUAAUAUGACAAACCCAUAUGGCCAUAUUUGGUCAUCCUGUAGGAAAGGUGAAAUUAAAACCAUGUGAAUCACCUGUUGCUGAGGGUGAUGCUCCGCCCACCUUCAGGUGAGACUGGUUGGGGGACGGGAUGGAUAAACAACAAACAAUAAAAUCUACAGUGAACAUCAGUUUUUAAUGGGAUGUUUUGGAUAUUUUAGAUUGAUUAUCAUUGGAAAGGGCAUUUAUAGGGAGUUUCCUAGAUAAACUCAUGAAAAUAGUUCAGAUUUAGAGUAUAAACAGGUUGAUGGUUUCCUGAGUGGGUGGGGGAGGACUUGCAUAUCCAGGACUCAGGAGGAUGUGCUGUUUUACUCCACAACUCCUCCCCCUUCAGGCUUUUGUACCAACUCUCUACUGAAUUGUGAGCCAUUCAUCAACAUCAACAAGACAAGAGAGCACAAACCAUCAAGCAUCGUACAGAGCACGCCUGAAGAGACAGACAAAGACCUUCUAAAGACUGAAGCUUAUUUUGUAAAGAAUCCCCCUUUUGCGAUGGUUUCUACUGGGUUCCAGAUCCUGGGCUCUGCUCUGGGGAUCAUAGGCUGGAUCGGCGCCAUCCUCGUGUGCGCCCUUCCCAUGUGGAAGGUCACUGCUUUCAUCGGCAGCAACAUUGUCACGGCACAGAUCUCUUGGGAAGGGAUCUGGAUGAGCUGUGUGGUCCAGAGCACGGGCCAAAUGCAGUGCAAAGUCUACGACUCCAUGCUGGCCCUGAGCUCCGACCUCCAGGCAGCCCGGGCCCUGGUGGUCAUCUCCAUCAUGGUGGGCGUCAUGGCGAUCCUGCUCUGCGUAGCAGGGGGGAAGUGCACCAACUGUGUGCAGAAUGAGAAUGCAAAGAUCAAGGUGGGCAUUACUUCUGGAAUCAUGUUCAUCGUAGCUGCGGUCCUCUGCCUCAUCCCUGUCAGCUGGACGGCCUUCACCAUCAUCCAGGACUUUUACAACCCGAUGCUGGUCCAGGCCCAGAAGAGAGAGCUGGGCGCCGCGCUCUACAUCGGCUGGGGCAUCCUUGGUAUCCUCCUGUCCUUUAUUGGAUGGGUAGGCAGCAUCUUGACCUGCGCUAUGCCCAUGUGGAGGGUCACCGCUUUCGUUGGGGCUAACAUCGUCACCGCGCAGGUGAUCUGGGAAGGCCUGUGGAUGAGCUGCGUGGUCCAGAGCACGGGGCAGAUGCAGUGCAAGGUGUACGACUCCAUGCUGGCGCUGUCUCAGGACCUGCAGGCCGCCAGGGCCAUGGUAAUCAUCUCUGUGAUUGUCGGCGUGUUUGGCAUUCUCAUGGCCAUCGUUGGAGGGAAGUGCACCAACUGCAUGGACGAUGAGGCAUCCAAAGCCAAAGCCUGCAUCGUCUCUGGAGUAAUCUUCAUAAUAACCGCCUUGCUGAUCAUGAUUCCGGUGUCCUGGUCAGCUCACACUGUCAUCAGGGAUUUCUACAACCCCUUGGUGACGGCGGCACAAAGACGGGAGCUUGGCGCUGCACUGUACAUCGGUUGGGGCUCUGCAGCCCUGCUGCUUAUAGGAGGAGGUCUGCUCUGCAACAACUGCCCCCCAAAGGACAACAAACCCUACAUACCUGCAAAGUUUGGCCUGGCAAGACCUGUCUCAUCAAAUGUGGACUAUGUGUGAGGCCCCUGUCUGCAGAGAUCUUUAAUUACAUAGC